CCAGAGUUUGCAGAAAGCUUUGGAUGACGCAGGCCGCUUAUUUAUUCGGAGCGCUUCUUGCCCGCCUUUUUUGCGAGUGAACCCGGAAUUUGCUUCUCAGGGCGACUCUUCCCUUUUGUUCCCUCUUUGUUCACCUCCCUCUUCGGGUUGCCGCGGUAACCCCAGUCAGAUUCUUCCCCGCCCACUUCAGGCCCCGAGCGGUCAUAUGACCAGCGGCACUUCCAAGAUGGCGUCCUCCCUGAAGGUGGGACCUGCGCUGCGGGGGCUCCUGCGGGGCUCCGAGGCACAGCGGCUGCCGGAGGAGCUGCGGGCCGAGCUGGAGGCGGCCCUGGCCGAAGAGGAGCCCCGCUUGUCCUUCCACUUCGUCCGAAAGCUCCACCGAGCGCUGCGGGAGGCGGGUGAGGAGAGCCCUCCCCCGGGGACUUGAGGCAGGGGUCGUGAUCUUUGACCUUCGAGACGGAGGGGCAGUUCGCCUCCUCUAAUCCCUGUCCGAAAGAGGCUGCCUUCUUUCCUCCACCCCCUGUGUGCUUCCUCUCCAGUAAACUAACUAACGCUUAGAAGGGGCACCUGCAUAUCGAUCUACAGCGGUACCUCGGCUUACAUACCCUUCAGGUUACAUACACUUCAGGUUACAGACUCCGCUAAUCCAGAAAUAGUACCUCGGGUUAAGAACUUUGCUUCAGGAUGAGAACAGAAAUCGUGCUGCGACGGCAGCGGGAGGCCCCAUUAGCUAAAGUGGUUAGCUUCAGGUUAAGAACAGUUUCAGGUUAAGAACGGACCUCCGGAACGAAUUAAGUACUUAACCCAAGGUACCACUGUAAUUGUAUUCAUGUCAUGUGUUUCCAUAAAGGAGCUCAAGAUAACGUACAUGGUUCUUCUCCCCACCCCACCCUGGUUAUUUUAUCUUCAGAACACUCCUGUGAGGUUGCUUAGACAGAGAGAGAGAGUGACUGACCCAGGGCCACCCAGUGAACUGACUCAUGGCUGAGUCGGCAUUCGAACCUUGAUCUGCUUGGUUUCUCUGCCCAAGACUCUUAACCACUACACCACACUGACUCUACACUCAAAACACUACUACACCAUACAUAGCAUAGGGUGCGCCAUGGUAUACACACUUAUUGGGGAACAAAAUACAUUGAAAUGGGGGUGAAUAGUAAAGGGAAACAAAGCCCAUGUGGUGCCCUAGUAGAGUGUUGGACUGGAGGGUGGGGGGUGAGAGAGGCAGGACCCUUUACCAUACCUUACAGGCUUGUUAGGAUACAAGUGUUCAAAUUUCCAACCAGUUAUGAAGGGCUUGCUUGGUGACCUUGGAGCCAGUCACUAUCUCUCAGCCUAUCCGACCUUACAGGUUUGUCAUGAGGAUGAAAUGGUUUCCCUCCUGUGCACAUGUGGAAGGGCAGGACUUCAAUCCUAAAUUCUCCAGUUAAAAGAAUCAAGGUGAAAACCUUCUUCACACCUGAGACCCUGGAGUGCAGCUACCAGUCAAAGCAGACAGUACUGGCCUAAGUGGACAAAGAAUCCGACCUAGGAUAAGGCCAUUUCCUAUGUGCAUAACAUUAUAUCUUUCAAAUUCCUUUGGCCCAGAAUUCUUAUUGGUGACACACCUUUUUUUUACUCCUAGGUUCUCAGGUAUAUCUUCAUGAACUGCUGGAAGGCAGUGAGAUCUUCCUUCCUGAAGAGAAAAAGCCUCCCAGGGUUUGUAUGAAGCACUUACUUUUUUAAUAAAAAUAACUAGGUGGUUGGAAUCUCUGUGGCUUCUGAUGUAUAAAAGGCUUUGAUAAGGAGAUAACUUUGCAUCUCCAAACACACAGAAAUUUCUAGUUACAUGUAUCUUAGGAAGCCUAAAUCUCUCCACUCUCCCAACAAAUAUUUGUCAUAAAACAGUGAAAUUGCUGUUCCAUUGCAAGUUUGUCUUCUGUUUCAGAAUCCAGAAUUAGUAGCCCGGUUAGAGAAGAUCAAGGCCAAGCUAGCCAACGAGGAAUACAAGAAGAUAACAAGGAACAUCAACUGCCAGGUGAGGGGAAAAUAGAAACCUGAACUGUCCCACCCUUAGCAAAGAUCAGCCUGAUCUUACUUAAGCCAUCUACGUGAUACGGCUCUGCUUUGAGGAAGGGUUGGUGGAUGUGGGUACAGACCCUCAGUGAAGGGCACAGGGGUUCUGGAACUAAGAAUUUGUGUUAAGAAUGCAAAUGAACAUAAUAAAGAUUAAGCUUCAGGGUGAGGCCCUUUCCUUUGGGGAGGGAACUGGAGCUCAGUGGUAGAGCCCCUGCUUUGCAUGCAGAAGGUCCCAGGUACAACCCCCAAUGGCUCUAGGUAGGGCUGGGAGGACUCCCUGCCUGAAACCCUGGAGAGCCUCUGCCAGCGUAUGCAGUAUUGAACUAGAGGGACACAGAUCUGGGUCAGUAUAAGGCAGCUUCCUAUUUUCCUGUUCAUAGAGUUGCUAUAUAGGCAGCUAAUCUCUGGUUAGCAUUAAGUAUAUGUGAUGUGACUAGCGCAGUUACUGUAGUUUCUGCUGUGGGAGUUGGGUCACAGAGCUCCACAUUUUAUAUCUGAUGGCCUAGGUGACAUUUUCACACCACACCUGGGAAGAAGGGAAGGCCUUUAUUUGCCUUGGUCCUGAAGCUGCUUCGUUGCCAAGCAGAACAGAGGAAAGCCCUGUAAGAAGCUAACAAACUCUUCUCCCUCUUUCUUUUAGGAACUGAACCGAUACGGCACUUUGGCUGACCUUGGAAGGCAAGGUGGGUUUCUGUGUUAAGAGCAGGUGGCAUGUUGAGACAAGGAGAGGACAGAUGGAUGGGUGGUUGUGAGAGAGGGAAAGUAAGGUGGCAGAAAGGGUGGGGUGGGAACUGCAGGAAGGGGAGAGGAGACUCCCAAUUUAACCUUAGUUAAAUUGAUAGCAGCUCCUAUGCAUGUCUUUUCAGAAGUAAUGCCCAUUCAUUGGAAUGGGACAUAUCUCAAGUAAGUAUGCACGAGACAGCAACUUUAGUAUUCCAGUCUUGAUUUGAAAUUUAUUCCAUAAAAUUUAUAUACCAUUUGAUUGUGAAAAAAACCAAAACUUUAAAGCAGUUUACAAAAAAAGGAGAAAAGACAAAGAAAAAAUAGCAAUAAGCACAUUUUGAAAGUUACAUUAACAAUAGGAACAGAUGAAAACUCACAUCAACUUUCUUAAUGUCUGAGUAGAGUCGAAUGAAUUCUGCUUUUAUUUAGUCGCUUAAGAAAUAAAAUAAAGUAAAAGUCUUUGCAAACUAAGAGGGAAAACAACCCUUUUCAUUUUAGAACCACGAAAAUAUGUUACUUCAAUGUGGGAGAAUCUGAGGAGUUUCUUCAAGCUUCGGCUUCCAAAAAAGGGGAAAUCAAGUGCAGCUGCCCCCUAUGUUAGAUUCUGAGGGGGAUGAACUUUUCCCAGAAAUCCUGCUCAUUUUAAUUUCAGGCAAGUUGACGUUGUGGGGGGCAGGAGUCACAGAGAGAAGGGAGUUGAAGAGGCAGGGAAGGCGGCACAAGAUGGAAGAAAGAGCAGAGCAAAAAAGGAAAGGGAGAGGGAGACUGAGAGGUGAUAGCAGCAGCAGCUGAAAGGAAAGCAGAAGAUGCUGAGAGAGAGGGUAGAAAUGUUUGAGGAGAUGAAGAGAACCUAAGAAGAGCCUGCUGGAUCAGGUCAAUGCCCAUCUAGUCCGGGAUCCUAUUCUCACAGUCACCAGCCAGAUGCCUGUAGGAAACCAGUAAGCAGGAUUCAAGCACAAGAGCAACUCUCCUCUCCUGUGGUUUCCAGCAACUGGUAUUCAAAAGCAUUGCUGCUUGUGACAGUGAAGGCAGAUCAUAGCCAUCCUGGCUAAUAGCCCUUUAGGAAUUUGCUCAAUUCUCUUUCAAUGCCAUCUUUUCAAUGCCUUGUGGCAGGGAGUUCCAUAGUUUAGCUGUGUGCUGCUUUAGGGGUUGGACUAGAUGCCCCAGAGGUCCCUUCCAAGUCUCCAACUCCAUGAGAAAGAAAGGAGGCAGUGAAGGUUAUGGAAAGUGAGAGAGAAGCUUUUUGCUGUUGUUAAGGAAAGGCAGACAUAAUGGUGGUGAUGACUUGUUCUCUUGCUCAGUAUCAACCACGGGCAUAGAGAAAAGGGUUUAGAAGUUUUGGCCAACUACAGUGGUACCUCGGGUUAAGUACUUAAUUCGUUCCGGAGGUCCGUUCUUAACCUGAAACUGUUCUUAACCUGAAGCAUCACUUUAGCUAAUGGGGCCUCCUGCUGCCGCCGCACAGAGCACAAUUUCUGUUCUCAUUCUGAAGCAAAGUUCUUAACCCGAGGUACUAUUUCUGGGUUAGCGGAAUCUGUAACCUGAAGCGUAUGUAACCUGAAGCGUAUGUAACCCGAGGUACCACUGUAUUAAAUGAAAGAUUGGUUAACUUGGUUCAAACUACUACAUAUAAUAUUGGAAAAAACAAUAGCAUGCCAGUACCUCAAUAUGUGUAAUAUGUGGUGAGACUCCAGUACUGUUAAGUUAAAACUGAAAGUCAGAAUGGGUCCAGCGUUCCUGUUUGGGGGUCAGAGGUGGGUCUCGGGUCUGGAUUGGUUAAAGACCAACAGGUGUAGACAAUAAAAAGCUCUAGGGAACGCUGUUCCAACUUGUAUUAUGGCAGCUGCCUCUGUUCCUGUUGAAAGCCAGUUCCUUUGGUCAGAACCAUGAGGGCUGUUAGGAAAAGGGCUGCAUGUUCCUGGCAGAGACCCCACUUUCCAUGCCUGUGGCCCCAGGCUGGGCUGGGAAAGAGCCCCUGCCUGAGACCCCAGAGAGCAACUUCUGCCGGUCAGGGCAGGCAGUCCUGAACUGGAUGGCCCUAUUUGCUUAUUUCAUAACGUUUACACGCUGCUUGAUUGUAAAAGAAACCCCAAAUCUGCAAGUUAAAACUUUCAAAAAGUUAAAAUAACAAUUGACUAAAAACUAGCGUAGGCUUGUCUAAAGAAUGUUUUUAGCAGGCGCUGAAGAGAGUACGGGGAAGGCAAAUGCUUGAUAUCAGCAGGCAGGGAGUUCCCAAGUUUUCAAUGUUCUAACCCAGUAUAUAGCAGCUUCCUGUGAGGCGAGGAGGAGCACUGCAGUGGGGUAAUGAGGUGGGGUGGGGGUGGGCAAAGCUCAUUUAAGAGGGACAGGGGAUUGCCUUUCCUUCUUAGGGUUUCAGUCAUAGGGAAUUUGGCCUGGGUCACACACUCUGCCUCUGCUUUUCCCAGUGAGGUCCACCAAAGCCUUGGUUGUCACCAUCGUCAACUUCCUGGUCACUGUGGGAGCCACGUUUGCGUGCACCUACCUGGGCUCUCAGUACAUCUUCGUGGAAAUGGCACCGGUGAGUGGCAGCUGGGCCGGGGGGGACCAUACAGGGGGCAGGGAGAGACCUAAGGAAAGCUCUGGAUAUUCCGUGGGUGGGGGGUGAAGGGCAGCUCUCUUGAACAACAUAUAGUUUAACCUUCCAAGGACAUUGACAAGCUGGAACAUGCGCAGUUUCGAAUCCAAAAAAAACAAAGGUUCUGACUCUAAUGCUAGACGCAACCCCCCCCAAAGGGUACAGAUUAGCCCCGACCCCCCAAAAAGUCCAGAGCGGAAGCAAGGCAGGAUGUCUCUCAACUGCAACUCACCUGGCGGAGGUGUCUGAGGCUGAGCUGACUUCCUUUCCCCCCUUCCUUCCAGCGUGUCCUGUCCGCCGUGGUUGUGGCCUCCGUCGUGGGCUUGGCUGAGCUCUACGUGAUGGUUCGGAACCUGGAAGGAGAACUGGGGGAGCCGUAGCCAAGGAGCCCUUCCUGGCUGGCCUUUCUCUCGGCCUGCUCUCCAUCCUUGCUGCUCCCCACUCGUGGCCGGGUAGGUGGGCUCGGCCCCCAGAGGCCACCUGCAAAUCCCAGUACAAACUACCAAGGAGGAACAGGACAUUCUCAAUGCAGCUUCCUCUUGCAGCUACAGACAAGUCGGCUCCUUUUCCUUCCCCUGAGGCCUCUGUGCUUUUCCUUUCCCCAACAGGCCUCCCUUUUCUCUGGCACAAGUAAUCUGGUGUGUUUUCAGUAGUGUGGGGGUUUUUCCCUGCAGGCCCUGAAGCUGCAAAGGGUCCAGGACUGGGGGAUAGCAACUUCACAACAACAGGAGGAGAUUUUCCCUCUUGUUUCUGUCACACCCGCAAGCUGGAAGGUUGCUGUUUCCAAAGCGUUGGCCACCUGAGCUGGCAGUGCUAGGGAGGGUGCCCAUAGCGAUUAGUUUUGUUGCCCUUUGGCAAACACAAAGGGACACACCAUUUUGCUGUUACACCAAGCCCAGCAAGCAACCGUGAACGGCCGCGUCCUACCCCUUACAGUUUGGAGAUGCUUCCCCCCCCUCCGCAAACCGCCAUACCCCGGGUGUCGUCUUAAUGUAUAGAAAUCAACCUUUGGUGUGUGCAAUAAACGGAUCGGAAUCUGUUGAAGCUGCAA